AGGGCAUGUGGGCGAAUCAUUGGUCGUGGCGGUGAAACCAUUCGGGACAUCAGGAAACAAUGUAGAGCUGAUAUCUCUAUCCAGAAAGAUGACAAGCAAGAUGGUCACACAGAGAUUUUACUGCGAGGUACCCUAGAGCAGAUAGCCAUGGCCAAGGAUUUGAUACGAGAAAAAGUAGAAGAAGCAGAAGCCUUUUCAGAGAAAAUUAGCAAGAAAAGUGAUGAGAAGAACUUGGCAUCUUCUGAGGAAGCACUUGGAAUGCAUCAUGCCAUUGAAGCUGCAUCUUCUGCACGUGUGAGCUCAGAGACGGGAGAGACUGUGGAGUUGGUGCCAGCUGGAGGUGAUGGAUUCAUGGGACUCCUUGUAUCAGCUGUAGAGGAUGCAGGUCAUUUCUGGGUUCAGGUCCAUGGCCCCAAUGCAAUUGCUCUUGAGAAACUUACUGAUGAUAUGUGUGCUUUCUAUGGUGAUUCAGAGAAUCAGCAGAAGUAUACUUUGGAUAAGGUGACCAUAGAUGACUUGGUUGCAGCCAAGUUUAUGGAUGAGGACCGUUAUUACCGCUGCAGAGUGACUGGGAUUACUGAAAAUGAGUACUCCCCACAAGAAAGCAGGUUGGACCUCAUGUUUCUGGAUUAUGGGGACUCUUGUAGUGUGAAAAAGAAUGAAGCCUUCUGCUUGGCUGUACAUUUCCAAGAGCUUCAGUUCCAGGCAGUGGAGUGCUGUCUUGCAAAAGUCUCCCCAAGGGUCCUGAAGGGAGGGUGGAUGGCUCUGCUGCCCCUCCAGCGCAUCACAGCAUCACUGGUGCUGUCCAGGCUGCUUGCUGACUAUGAGCUACACUUCAUUGUUGCUUCAGCUGUUGUUGAGGGACGUCAUAUGGCAUCGAAACCCAGCCGAGAAGCUGUGAUUUACAUGUUUCAGCAAGGUCAUUCACCUGUAAAGAUCAUCAAGGAGCUGAAAAUGCCACGAUCCACCGUGUACAAAGCCAUUGCCCACUACAAGGGACUUGGUACAACUCAGGAUCAACCCAGAAGUGGCCAUCCCAGUGAGAGUGGUGCCAGUCGUGAAACUGGUAGUUCUGCAAGACCCCCCUCCGGCCCUGUUGGUGUGGAGAGCAUUUCCAUUGAAGUGACGAGCCCAGAAGGAGAGAUUUCACCUCUAAAACUAAACAGAGCUGAGCAAGAGAAGCAUGGAGCUGGAAAGGCUCUCCAGGUUGCCCGUUCCAAGAAUCUCAGAGUGGACAUUCAGAAAGCCAGGCGGGGCCCUUUUUCAGAAAGGGCGCUUUGUAGCGCUGCAUCAGCCACUUCAUUCAGUGUGGAUGCCCCCAUCCCAGAGGCUCAGGAUGAUGAGGAAUCUGCAAGUGAAAAUGACCCCCUCAUAGCAUCAAGAGGAGUUCCUGCAUAUGUUCGCCGAGCUGUUCUGUAA